UCAUCAUCAACAAUUAGCCUACUUUUAUUAAUCAAACAAAUGAAAAUUAUUUAGAACGCGGUUAGUGUCAGUUUUAUCCAACAAUUCAAAUUAAAUUGACGCUGGAAUUUAAAAAAAUUGUUUUUGUAAUUUAACACAAGUACUUUUUAUUGCUAAAAAAUGGCGAAAAAACCGGGAGCAGCCCAAGCUUUGCACAAGGUGAUAAUGGUUGGGAGUGGAGGUGUUGGUAAAUCGGCUCUGACACUACAAUUUAUGUAUGAUGAGUUCGUAGAAGACUACGAGCCAACGAAAGCUGAUUCGUACAGAAAAAAAGUUGUGCUAGACGGCGAAGAAGUACAAAUAGAUAUUUUAGAUACCGCUGGUCAAGAAGACUAUGCAGCAAUCAGGGAUAAUUAUUUUAGAAGUGGUGAGGGUUUCCUGUGUGUGUUUUCUAUCACCGAGGAUGACAGUUUUCAAGCUACUCAAGAGUUCAGAGAGCAAAUUCUGAGAGUUAAAAACGACGAGAACAUUCCUUUUUUAUUGGUCGGGAACAAAAGUGAUCUUCAGGAAAAAAGAAAAGUUAGUUUGGCUGAAGCUCAAGGAAGGUCUCAGCAAUGGGGAGUACCUUACGUGGAAACGAGCGCUAAAACUAGAGAAAAUGUUGACAAGGUAUUUUUUGACUUGAUGCGUGAAAUAAGAUCACGUAAAAUAGAAGACAAAUCUGCGAGUAAUGGUCGCGGCAAGGAUCGUGCCAAAAGGAAGAAAAAGAAGUGCAUUAUUCUAUAGGUGUUUUUUGACUUGAUGCGCGCAAUAGCAGCGCGCAAAGCCCAAGAGAAUAAAAUCGAGGGUGCCGAGCGUAAAAACAACAAACGAUGUUGUGUUAUUCUCUAACGAAAUGGAGGCAACUUUAUAGUUUGUUUAUGUUUAAAAACAAAAAAAUACAAAGUAGGUUUAAUAAUUAUUAUUAUAAUUAUUAUAAUUAUUAUUAUAUAAAUAUUAUUAUAGUGUAUUUGUACGUCCAACUAAAUGCGUUUGUAUAACAUACCGGCGUUCUCAAACCCCUUACAGUGAUAAAGCCUUGAUACUAUUUUACAUCUAUGACUGUAUCUACAGUAUACUCGAGGGACCUACGACACGACUUGAUUCUGGAUCAAAUAAAUCUUUAAUACAUAUAAAUAUAUAUUAUAAUACAUACAGUCGCUUAUUGUUCUCUUACACGCCUUAUAAUACUACUCGUAUUUGUAUAUUUUUGUUUUUACUUAUAUUUCUUAUAUAUAUUAAUUAA